CGCGGGGCAUUACGGUACCCGGCGUGCCCCGCGCGGCCGGAAGUGAGUGCGCACGGCGGGGACGGCGCGGCCUCCUCGCUGCGGUCCCGUCCGGCCCCGUCCCGGUCCCUGUCCCGGCCCCGGCUCCGUCCGGGCCCCGCCGCCGCCAUGAAGGACGUGCCGGGCUUCCUGCAGCAGAGCCAGAGCGCGGGGCCGGGCCAGGCCGCCGUGUGGCACCGCCUCGAGGAGCUCUACAACAAGAAGCUGUGGCACCAGCUCACUCUGCAAGUGCUGGACUUCGUGCAGGACCCCUGCUUCGCCCAGGGAGAUGGGCUCAUCAAGCUCUACGAGAACUUCAUCAGCGAGUUUGAGCACAGGGUGAACCCCCUGUCCCUGGUGGAGAUUAUCCUGCACGUGGUGCGGCAGAUGACAGAUCCCAAUGUAGCUCUGACUUUUCUGGAGAAGACCCGGGAAAAGGUGAAGAGCAGCGACGAGGCCGUGAUCCUGUGCAAAACAGCCAUUGGGGCCCUCAAGCUCAACAUUGGGGACCUGCAGGUCACCAAGGAGACCAUCGAGGAGGUGGAGGAGAUGCUGAACACCCUGCCUGGGGUGACAUCAGUGCACAGCCGCUUCUACGACCUCUCCAGCAAGUACUACCAGACCGUGGGCAACCACGCCGCCUACUACAAGGAUGCGCUGCGCUUCCUGGGCUGCAUCGAGGUCAAGGACCUGCCAGUGUCAGAGCAGCAGGAGAGAGCCUUCACCCUGGGGCUGGCUGGGCUGCUGGGAGAAGGCGUCUACAACUUUGGGGAGCUGCUGAUGCACCCCGUGCUGGAGUCCCUGCGCAGCACAGACCGGCAGUGGCUCAUCGACACCCUCUUCGCCUUCAACAGCGGCAACGUGGAGACCUUCCAGGCCCUCAAGUCAGCCUGGGGGCAGCAGCCCGACCUGGCUGCAAACGAAGCGCUCCUGCUGCAGAAGAUCCAGCUGUUGUGUCUCAUGGAGAUGACUUUCACCCGCCCGGCCAACCACCGCCAGCUCACCUUCGAGGAGAUUGCCAAGAGUGCCAAAGUCACUGUCAACGAGGUGGAGCUGCUGGUGAUGAAGGCGCUCUCAGUGGGGCUGGUGAAGGGCAGCAUCGAUGAGGUGGACAAGAGGGUGCACAUGACAUGGGUGCAGCCACGGGUGCUGGACCUGCAGCAGAUCAAGGGGAUGAAGGAUCGCCUGGAGUUCUGGUGCACGGACGUGCGGAGCAUGGAGAUGCUGGUGGAGCACCAAGCCCACGACAUCCUGACAUAAAGGAGUGAUCCCUGCUGCUCCUGAGGCCGGCAGCACUCAGACCACUGACUGCACUGAAUCCCUGGAGGGGUGGGUGGGCAGAGCUGGAGCAGCCUGGGAUGUGGCGAGCAGGACGAGGACGUGGCCUUUCGCUGUGUGACCCUUUGGUGCUCGAGCCGAGCUUUCCCUCUGCUCUGAUCCCUGAUCCCAGAGCUCCGUCCUGGGGGGAUGGAUCACUCCUGAUCCCUCCUGCCUCCAGCUGCUGCAGGAGGGUGGGAUCCUAGUGCAGGAUUCAAGGGGUCUUGGCCUUAGGGGACACAGCCUGUCCCGCUGCCCUCUCCCCCUGCCCUGCAGCAGCCUGAGGCAGCAUUCCCCAAAUCUUCUUCCCCAAAUCUUCUUCCUCCACUUGCCCCACUUCCUUCCACCUCCUCAUCUGCAGCAGAGGGAGUGUUUGCUCCAUCCAAGGGUUUUCCCGGGAUUCCUGGUUAGUGGGUGUGUCCAUACACUUGAGGGGGUGGUUGUCUUUCACCAACGCUUUGUGCUCAGGUGAGGUGCAGUGGCAUUGCCGGAAUAAACGUCUCUGCCUUCCCUUUUUGGGAA